AUGGCCUCCCAAGUCACUCGCCGCUUUCUCUCCACCACCGCCCGCCGCCUUCAGGAUGCCCAGAAGGCCGAGCUCAAGAAGGAGACCAAGCGCAACCCCGAGACUCUGAUUCUCGGCGGUGUCAUGGUUGUUGCCCUCAGCGGCGCUGGCUUCUACUUCGGCCGAUCGCCCACCGGCGCCACCUCCGAGACCCACGUCAACAUCGCCAAGGACGGUCACCCCUGGGAGUCCGAGACUCUGGGCAAGUACAAGUACCACCCCGGUGGUGAUGCCAGCCAGGCGCCCAAGGAUGCUCCCAGCGCCCUCAACGUCGUCGUUGUCCCCAACGUUACCCUCCCCGCCGAGCUCCACGAGAAGUACAACAAGUGGGGCAAGGAGGGCUACCCUUAA